AUGAACCACGCCAACAGCCUCUCAGCCUCCUACCUCUCCUCCCUGCUGACCAGUCCGCACCUCCCCUCCCUCCUGUCCCUCAACGCACAACGCCUCAGCGCUUGCUGUCGCAUGCUAACCGAUGCCCUGCGCUCCUGGGACAUCGAAUUCGUCGCACCCACGCACGGUAUUUUCCUCUUCGCGAGGCUGGCAAAAGGGGCGAGGAGCGCGGGUGAGGAGAAGGAAUUUUAUGAUCGCUUGGCUGUCCAGAGGGUCCUUGUGGGUCAGGGGAGGUUUUGCAAAGGCGUGGAGAAUGAUUAUGGGUGGGCGCGGAUACGGUUCAGUGUGCCGACGGAGAUUUUGGUCCAGGCGUUGAAGAGGAUCAAGGUGUUUCUUUCAUUGGCAGAACGGGCGGUUGGAGGUGGUGAUGGGGUGUUUUUCGAUUGA